AAGAGAGAGAAGGGAGAGAGAAGGUGUUCUUUUUGAGAGUGUGAGGAAGGGCAAGAGGAGUGUUCGUCCAAACGUGAGGAGAGAGCGGACCCCUCUUGAGAGAUCUACUAACACCCCUUCCUCCGGCAUGGCAGACACCACAUCUGCGCAAUGGCAGGCCCUCCUGGACGCAGCGGACGAGAACGAGAAACCGUUCUUCCAAAAGCUUUAUGACGACGCCGUACAGAGGGAAAGGGAGGCAGAGGCAGCAGCCAGAGCCACAAGCAUUGCUGAACAGGUGGCCCUCCUUCAGGUCCCAGAAGCGAAUGCUGAUCGGUUCCAAGAGAGACUAGUCGUUGUCGUAGCAGCCUUGGUUCGAUUGCGGACCUUGGAAGACCUUGAGUCCCGUGUGACAGCACUGGAACAGCGGAACCAAGAGUUGCAGGUUGAGAUAGUCAGCCUCAAACAGUCCCAAUUGUCUGCCCCCCGUCCUCCUAACACUCGACCUGCUGCAGUCCCAGUCUCUCAAUCUAACACAGUCCUCAUGACAAGAGCCAGCGGAACUGUGACCAGCGCAGGAACUGGUGUCAGCUCCUCAAGCGGCAGCGCCGACAGUUCUGCACUAGUCAUAGUCCCAAAUGCAAGAACAUCAGCCCAAAACGCCACAGUUCUUACUGGCGUACAGUACAGCGGUCCCGUAGUGGACAAGCGGGCGGCCACUCUGCCGUCCAAGUGCGACGGGAAAGGGGACAUCACCUCUUGGAUUAGCUCCAUGCGCUCAUACUUCGAGGUGAUGCGGACAUCGCCGGAAGACCGAAGCAUGAUCAUGGGCACUAAUACCAAGCCCACCAUACUGGAUUUCAUUGAACUCCAAGCUGUUACAGCAGGACUGUUAUCGUCUGCAGGGAAACAGGCAAAGGGCGUAAAAGAGUCAUCAGCACUCUCUACAACAAGGGAAGCUGAAGCGUCAGUUGCAGGCCCCUCCAAGGCGCCUGAAUCUGAUCAACGACCUGCCCCUGAAGCCCGGAACGACGCUGAAUCCAAGGUUGCAGUUCAUGUACUGUACACUGAGCCUUGGGAGGAGUCUAAGGAAGUUGACUUCAACGCUCACCUGGAACAUUGGCUGCAGCUCAAGCAGCAACGCCGUGUUCAAGGGAGUGUGGAGCUAACCUUCUUUACACUGCUCAUUAACCGCCGAUACAUCCGCGUGCUGAUUAAUGGUGGUUCAACCACCAAUUUAUUUUCUCCUAACGGGAUUCGUAAGGCGGGCCUGGGAAUGAAGCAAGUGGAAUUACAGAACCCUUGUCAGACCCAGGUGGACAAUCAAGAGGUUGUCACCUCCACACAUGCUGUCAAAGGUGUGCGCGUCACUUUUGACAAGGAUUGCACUGUCACACAUGAGUUGAACUUCUAUGUCAUGAACAAGUGUCCGUUCGACGCGGUCAUUGGUUUGGGCUGGUUAAAGGCUCACUGCCUAAGGACCACGUGGGUGGAUAAUCAGUUCGUGGUGCGUGAUGCCAAGGGGAACGAGCGUACCGUUCUAUUGGACGAGACGCACGAGUCCCCUGUGACUCUUUUGAGUGUGAACAAAGGGUACAUAUAGCUCUUGUAAAACCUCUCCAUGUGCCUUCUACUUUUUCUGCAUUUUCUACCUCGGUAAGUAAUUCUACUUCUCUUCCAUCUACUUCUAUUGUGGAUAAUCCCUCUACUUCUGAUCCAAGUACUUCAAAUCCGGUUGUAAUUGCUGUAAAUUCUCGAUCUGAUUUUCUUUCUCCUGAUGAGGAUGAUCCUCCACCAGAAGUCCCAACAAACGUUCGCCGGCUAU